AGGACAGAAAGUUGGAGUGAGAAUUUCAAAGAAUCUGCAUAUAUGAAAACAACAAACUAAAAAGUUGACAAUUGGCAACCUGGAAAUAAAUCAGUUCCAGCAGCAGUUAGUAGAAUCAGGAUUACUCAGCGGUUAAAGAAAGCACAAGAAAGUUUAGGGACCCAGAGAAAAAGAAGAGCAGCACAUUUAACAGUGUGUCAAAGUUGAAGAAAUGCUGUCCAAGGUUAUCUCAGCUGCAUAUUUGACACUGUGGAUCAGUUCUUGUGCUGUCACCUCAGAUGUGGAUGUUCACAUGACCAGAGCUUUGCAGCUGAUGUCUGAAACCCCGCUCAUUGACGGCCAUAAUGACCUGCCUUGGCAGCUUCGGAUGCAAUUCAACAACGAGCUUAACAAAGUGGAUCUUUACAAGCUGGAAACAACACACACCAACAUCCCUAAGAUUAAGGCAGGACGGCUGGGUGCGCAGUUUUGGUCGGCCUAUGUUCCCUGUGGGACUCAGUACAAAGAUGCUGUCAGACAAACACUGGAGCAGAUAGAUGUGGUUCACAGGAUGUGUGAAAAAUACCCAGAAACCUUUAUGUUUGCUACCAGUAGCCAAGACAUCAUGAAGGCUUUCAACAUGAACAAGACAGCCAGUCUGAUUGGGGUGGAGGGGGGCCACUCCCUUGACAGCAGUCUGGGCACCCUGCGCACCAUGUACCAGCUGGGGGUCCGCUACCUUACACUCACACACUCCUGCAAUACACCCUGGGCGGAUAACUGGCUUGUCGACACUGGAUCAGAGCCAUCUCAACAUAAUGGCCUGUCUCCAUUUGGCAAGCAACUUAUAGUGGAAAUGAACCGUCUGGGGAUGCUGAUCGACCUGGCUCAUGUGACUGUAGAGGUGAUGAACCAGGUGCUGAACAUGUCUAAAGCUCCGGUCAUAUUCAGCCACUCCUCUGCCUAUAGCAUCUGUCCAAACAAGAGGAAUGUCCCCGAUGAUGUUCUUAUGAAAGUGAAUAAUACCAGAGGAAUUGUCAUGGUGAACUUCUACAACGACUAUGUGACCUGCCGCGAUACUGCUACGGUCUCAGAUGUUGCUGAUCACUUUGACCAUAUAAAGAAAGUGGCAGGGGCGGGCAUCGUUGGUUUUGGUGGAGAUUACGAUGGGGUUACAAGACUACCAGAGGGUCUGGAGGACGUGUCCAAGGUGCCCAAAGUGGUGGCUGAACUGCUGAGGAGAGGAUGGACUGAUGACGAGGUCAAAGCUGCUCUGGGAGACAACCUGCUCAGAGUCCUAAGAGAGGCUGAGAAGGUCCGUGACAGUCUGAACGGCACGACUCCAGAUGAUGUUCCUAUUCCAUACGAUGAGGUGAAGAACUCGUGUAGGACGAGCUACGGUUACCCCAACGCUGGAGCCGUCCACUCACUCAGCACACUGGUCCUUCUGCUCACACUGGCUGGCUCUUUCCAAAUUACAGCUUUAUAAACUGCUUAUAAAUAUGACUGAUGGCAUGUAUGUCAAGAAUGUGUCCAUGAAUACUAACACAAUCUGUUUUAAAUGGCAGGAUCGUUUACACAUGUCCUCUCUGCGCUGACAUAAACACCAAAUAGUUUCAGUUUACUGUUGAAAUGGUUUUCAAGAGCUUGUUUUUUGCGAGAUUUUAAUGAUCUAAAUAUAUUAAAAAUGAACAGUGACUAACAGUGUUACAGUUAUCAUGAUGACAAAGACAGCGGCACAGUGAUUAUGUCGAACCAAGGUGAGAUUUGGCUGUUUUAAUCCCACCAUAACACUGUCAAAUAGAGGCUGCAGUGAGCAAAUCUUUGUGUGUGAUGACAAUGGCAUAUGGACAAAGUCACACCAGUGUAAUCUGAAUGCACAUACACACAAAAAUGUUCCUCAAUAUCAGUAUACUGACUUUUUUCAGUCACAAUGCAGUCUGCAUGGAGUGCUGCU